AUGAAUAUUAUGGCACAUAAUGGAUGGAUAAUGAAUGAUGAUCCACGACGAAAUUUUGCUGAUGAAGGUCAAGAUGUUUAUUUAUGUCGUGAUUUAAUUCCUUGGUGUGAUUUAAUUAAAUUACGUUUUGGAAAUAAACGUGAAGAAUGUUCGGAUAUUUUAUAUUCUUAUAUGAAAGAAUAUACACGAUUAAUUGUUAAAAUCUUUCAUGGUUGUCGAUUAGAUAAUUGUCAUUCAACACCUAUUUGGUUUGCACAAGAAAUGAUGGAUUAUGCAAGAGAAAUUAAACCAAAUUUUUAUAUUAAUGCAGAAUUAUUUACAGGAAAUAUUUCAAUUGAUAAUUAUUUUAUUAAUCAAAUUGGAAUUGAGUCAAUUGUAAGAGAAUCUUAUCGUGCAUUUAAUCCAUAUGAAUUAGGUGAAAUGAUUUCAACAAUAAGUCAAUCAAAUCCAAUUGGUUCAUUUAUUCAAUUGAAUAUUUUACCAUUAAAAUCNGUGAGGGUAUGA